AAGGAGUGGGAGUAUCCUGCUGCACCACAGGCAUUUGUGAAUGAACCGCUUUCCUCAUGGCAUGCAUUCCUGAGCGUUCCUUUGAGUUUAUUCUGGGGAAGCCAUACAGGUAGACUCUCAAGGAAGACUAUGGAGUUGAUCUGAGGCCACGUGAAGCCAUGACCUGGAUAAGCCUGGAUUGGCUAUACCUGGAUGCAAAAUGGCACAGGAGACCCUGAACCAGACCUGCAAGAUGUCUUGACUGGAAGAGGCCUAUGCUGGAACAGUGGCAAUUGCUCCUGUCCUUGAUUUCUCCUUUGUCAGUUCUUCAAAUCUGAUAGCAUCUCACCUUCUCCAUUGAGGGAACUGGUUCAUUUACAUUUCCCCUGCUGCAUGUGGAUAAAGUGAAAGAGCAAAACUCUCUGGAGAGACUAGCUUACACAGACAUGCUGCAAAGAGGGUCAGAUCACAGAAGAACAGGCCCAUGCUUUGAUGCGCCCAACUGGAUCCUACAUCAGGGCUUUCUCCAAGGCAUGCUGGUGUGAACUGGUGGGCCCCAUACAUCCCCAGUUCUGACCACAGUCCUUGCGGUGUCUCCACCGAAGGGUCAAUGGCCACCUAACCAUUGUUGUGGCUGUGGUUUCCAAAGUUGGCUGACCGAAGGAAGACGAAGGGAAGAUGCUGGACCUCGGCUUUCUAACGGAAGAGGAGUAUGGGAAACUGAUGAAAGUUCUGCAGAGAGAUGCAGAACUCAAGAAAAAAGACGGCGACCGUAUCAGACGAUUGCAAGGUUCACUGAAGGAUGACAAGAAGAAGAAAUUUGUGACGGGGGAAUGGUUUCACGAAGUGAAGGCGCAGCGUUUCCAGGAGGAAUUGGAAGGAUCGGAGCUACUUCGAGCUUCCAUUAAAAAGAAGAAGAAGAACUUGCAUGGGGAAAGCAAUGAGCGCAGCCAGGAGAGCUUGGAAGGCAAGGAUGCAUCAUUUCCAUUAGAGGCAACCACUUUGGCCUCUCCGAAAUCCAAAGAAGAGAGGCCAUGUGAAGCCUCUUUGGAUUUUCCUGAUGGAUGCCAAGCCAAACCUAAGCCAAGACUGCGGUUGUCUGCCCUACCAUCCUCACCAGAAAAGAGGUCCAGUCUAGAGGAUAUGUCCCCAGCAGACAGUGGUGUCGGAAUAAGUCCAUUCCCAGUUAUAAGAGGAGAUCCGCCAGCAUAUGACAAAGGUAAUGAAAUAUCCAUUGCAACCACUACACAGCUUUCUGAAAAGGAUCUGGCUGAUUCCUCUCACUCCGCUGGAGGGGAUGUUCCUGACACUGGAGGAACCAUCCCAAGUCCCACAAUAGAAGAUCCAGCAGUUUGGCCACAUGCAGAAGUCAACACUUCUAGCAAGAUCCCAGUCAGGAGGAAGUCUAGCAAAGGACUGUUUGGUCCCAGCGUGGAUCUGGUUGAUGGAACUGAGAAUGCUGAGUUUGGCCUAUCUAAGCGGGGAUCACUGAAGACCUCUAUACUGUCCCCUCCAGGAGGGGAAAACGGCCGCUGUGUGAAGCAAGGACCCAACUAUACCAUCUCCUCUAGCAGCAACAAAGACGAGGAGAUGGGCCUCGAUCGGGAACAUUUCAAGAACUUGAAGAACUUUUGGGAGAAGGGCGGCGAAUCUCUCUUGGCGAAUGACGUGUCUGAGCCAGUGCCAGAAAAAGCUGGUGUCACCGAGGUCAAUGGAAGGCCAUUGCGACUGAACCGGUCCCUCUCUGUCCAAAGCCAAAACAGUGACGAGAAACUCAGUUCUCAUGUCCACUCCAGAGCCAGAGUCCCCUGCAGAAAGCCAGUUGUCUUGUCUUCCAGCGAGGAUGAACCCAGUUAUAUAGCACACCCAAGGAAAGGGUCAGGAUCUGGCAUCCCCAGAUCCACUUACGGGAGAAGCAAAGGACCAGCGGCUCGCAACAGCCUUAGUGAUGGGAACGGGAAGCGGUCUCCGGUGGAAGAGGAGAAGAAAGUGCAGCGUUUCACAAGGCGAUCGAAGCUGCCGGUUCGAGUACCUUCAGUCAAAAUAGAGACUCCUCCAGCGGAGUGGACGGGGAUCUUUUUUGAGCCGGAGACACCCUCCGAUGAGUUUGUCAUGGCUGAAGAAAGCAAACAUAAGAGGGAUUCCUUGGCUGGUAGGGUUCAGAUAUUGAUACAGUCUGUACCUUCAGAGGACAUGGAUAAAGCUGGGAGCUCAGAGGAAGGACAUGUGGACGUGGACACUCAAGAAGACAACCUGGAAACAAAUGGGAUGCAACCUAAGGAGGAAUCUCAUCCUUCUGCUGAAGGUCCCUCACAAAAUGGAGCUUCUAGCGAAGUGGGAAAUGUAAAGGAAACUCAGGAAUUGGAUGCUUCUGUGCCUUCAGAGGGAAACCAGUCUCCCGUUGCCAGGAAAUUACUGCGCGCCAACGGCUACAGUCUCACAAAGAGCAUGGUGAACCUUUACACAACCACAGAGACCUACUCUAAGCCUCAAAUGCUGACCCACCAAUACCUUGAGCCUGAGAGAGCCAAAGACCUCAGCAAAUCCAGCCCUCUCCUCCUUUCAGAGACAGAGUCGGACACUGCCUCGGAGAUCAGCUUCCAGUUCAACCGGCACAAGAAGUCCCCAAGUGUGGGCAGCCACUCCUCAGAUAUGGCCUCCGUCUCCUCCGUGAGUGGAAGUGUCCUGAGCGUAUAUAGUGGCGAUUUUGGGAGUGUCGAUGCCCAGGGACUGGUCCAGUUUGCCUUGGAUUAUGACGAGAAAAACCGAGAAUUCCAGAUUUUUGUCUCCCAAUGCAAGGACCUGGCGGUUGUGGACGAGAAGAAAGUCAGAACAGACCCGUACGUCAAGACCUACCUUCUUCCGGACAAAGCACGGAUGGGGAAAAGGAAGACCUCCGUGAAGAAGAGAACCAUCAGCCCCAUUUACAAUGAAGUGUUGCGGUACAAGAUAGAGAAAAUGGUGUUGCUGAUUCAAAAAUUGAACCUCUCCGUGUGGCACAACGACCCUUUGGGGCGGAACAGUUUCUUGGGCGAGAUCGAAGUCGACUUGGCCGGCUGGGAUUGGCAGAACAAUAAACUGAACUGGUACAUGCUCAAGCCACGGAGUCUGUCGGCCAUCAACUGCGUAGAUCACCGAGGAGUGAUUAACCUGUCCAUCAAAUAUGUCCCCCCAGGAAGUCUAGGUCGCAAGACUCCUCCAUCCGGGGAGGUCCACAUCUGGGUGAAAGACACCAAAGACCUUCCACAACUACGUCCCUCAGGAGUGGACUCCUUUGUUAAAUGCUAUGUCCUUCCAGAUACAAGUAAGAAGAGCUACCAAAAAACUCGAAUUGUCAAAAGAGACUCAAAUCCUGUCUUUAAUCACACAAUUGUGUAUGAUGGGUUUCACACCGAAGAUCUGAAAGAUGCAUGCGUGGAGCUCACCGUGUGGGAUCAUGAAAAGUUAACCAACCACUUUCUUGGAGGGAUCCGUCUGGGACUUGGGACAGGCUCCAGCUAUGGGAUUGCAGUGGACUGGAUGGAUUCCACGCAGGAAGAAGUGGCCUUCUGGCAGGAAAUGAUGUCGAUGUCCAACGAGUGGAUCGAAGGAUCGUUGCCUCUGCGCUCCUUGGCGAGGAGGAGGAAGCUGAAAUGACAUGUUUGUCACUAGACUCAAAAAAUACGUAAAAUGGGACAUAGAUGAAAGACAGUGGAAAAUUUGGGGCUGCUGGUGUGCAUCCAUCCAGCUCUUUGGGCGAUGCUUGCGACUUACUCCAGAGUAGCGAAGAUGGACGUAUUCCGUAACAAUCUUGUCCCGGUGCCACCUUAGCUCACAGGUUGAAAGAACUGCUGUUUCCCGUUGUAACAGUAAUGCGCUACAUCUUUAUUCAUAGUAGGGUUUUUUUUGGAAAUGAACCUGGAAGGCAGGGAGGAAAAGAUGUAAAUAUUUUGUAGAGGAGUUUAAAUGUAAUUUAAUGACUGUUUCCAUGAGGCCUUGGCGUCUGCAGACGACAGUAUAAUAAAACUGUGGCUAGCGCAUGAACCCUCCAGUAAGUAGAGGGCACUAGAAGUUUGAAGUGUGAUGGAAAUAAACUAGGAUGUGUAUGGAGAGGUUGCUUCACGGUGAGCCAAAGGAGCAACCCAGUAUACUGUCUCUCCCAAGAAUGGCCAAAUGUGGAUCACGGUCUAUCAGUAGAUCAUUGGUAAUAGUUUAUGAGAUGCUUGCAAAGUCAACUAGAUCAACUCUAGCAAGGGCCAGUUGGGAAAUGUGAGAUCCAGCAGCCUUUCAGGAGUCCUCUCCUCUUGGAAGACAAAGCUGUAUUGGACACCUAGCCAGCCAUUAUCCCCAAACUGGCCUGCUAUCCUCAAAUAUGAAGGAGGGUAUCUUGGGCUAGCCCUAACUUUGUAUGUUCUUAACCAAGGAUGAUUACUCAGGAUGACUUACUACUGUAUAUAUUAUAUGCACACACAAUCCUGUAGCCUUCGAUGUAGCAAAGAGGGGGGACACAGUGAUCCAUACCUCCUCAACCCUUUAUUGUUUGGAGGAAAGACCUCCUCUGUAUGAGAACAUCACCAUUUACUCCAGUCAGUGAAUGAAGUGAUGGUUGGCUUACAAGUUUCACAUUUGUUUCUGACUGAUGACAUAUAUGUAGCUAUAACCCCAAAGGGGAACUUUUCCCAAUGCCCAUGUGCCAUCAUGUUUUCUGUGUCCGCAUCACGGCUUUUACAUGUAAGACAGAAACCUUUCUUAAUGCUGUAACCUCCCUAAAGGUUUGGGUCUUUGCAAACAUGUUUGGAAAUGGAACUUGAAUAAAGCCAAAGAUUUUGUUUGUG